AUGGAUUGUUUAAAUAAAAUAAAUUUGAUACGAAAAGUAAAUGAAGAAUUAUAUAACAGCAUAGGAGUAGAAGAUGAUAAUCUUUCUGAGUUUUUAAUUUACUUAUGCGAGAAAUCAACAUCCUUAGAAAAUUUUUGUAAGGAUGUUUUUGAAAAUGGGGGGGUGAUUGAACAAGCCGUUCUUAAAUAUAUAUAUAAUAUGAUUAAAAAAGAUAAUAAAAAAAAUGAUGAUGAAAAUAAUAAAGAAAAUAUUUCUUUAGAAAGCGCAAAUGAUAAUGAUAAUAAUAAGAGUAAUAACUUAGAAUAUAAAAAAAUAGAAAUGAAAAAUGAAAAGAUGAAAAAAUAUCAUUGCCUAACUUUAAAAAAUGAACAUAUUAAUUUAGAUAGUGAUGAAAAUGGAAAUAAGGAAAGUAAAGAAAAUAUAGAAAGUACAUCUAAACAAGUAAAUGAUGAUAAAAAUGUUAGUACACUUGAUGCUAGUGAUUCAUCUUAUCAAAAAAAAAAAAGAAAAAAAAAAUAUACUCCAAGUGUUAGCAGUAAGAAUACGGAAUCGUCAUUUGAAAGAAAACAAAUAAAAAAAGAUAAUAAAUAUGAAAAUGGAAAGAAAAGAAAAUAUGAUGAAAGGUAUUAUGAUAAACAUAGAAGUAGACAUGAUCAUCACGAUAAUGAUAAACAUAGAAGUAGACAUGAUCAUCGUCAUAAUGAUAAACAUGGAAGUAGACAUGAUCAUCGUCAUAAUGAUAAACAUCACACUAGAUAUGAUCAUCACGAUGUAUCCUCUUCAUCCGAAUCCAACCAUCAUAGUAGUAAGAAGGAAAAAGAAAAAAAACACAGAGAUAAAAAAAAAUAUGAAGAAAACAAAUCCUAUGAUGAUUAUAUGGCAUUAAAACUUAACAACAUAUUCAACGGCACUGUGAAUAAAAUUACAGACUUUGGAUUAUUUGUGUCCUUUAAAACAAAUGAAGGAUACAAAGAAGGACUAGUGCAUGCUACCGAUAUACUACCAAAUAGAAAGCGUGUAGUAAAUAUGAACGAAAAGUUUAAAAGGAAUAUGAAAGUAAAAGUUAAAGUGAAAGGUAUUUUCAAUGAAAAAAUAAGUUUAAAUAUGUCUGAAGUGGAUCAGAAAACUGGUAAAAAUUUGGUAAGUGAUGAUAUAAAUAAAGAAGAAGAUAAUUACAUUUCUUUAUUUGAUGAUAUAAAUGAAGAUUUGAAUGAAUUAAAAAAGAAGAAUUCACAUAUAUUUAAAGAAGAUCCAAAGGAGACAAUAAAAUAUGAAAGUGUAAUUAAAAUGCAAAGUGAUUAUUCUAAAUGGGAAAUACAGCAAUUAAUAAAGAGUGGAGUUGUAUUUGAUGAGAAUAUAAAGAAAGAAUAUAAAAAUCUUAAAAUAGAUGAAAAAAUAGAAGAUGAAGAAGAUAUUAUUGAAAUAGAAGUAAAUGAAAAAGAGCCUGCAUUUUUAAAAGGUCAAACAACAAAAGCAGGUGCAAAAUUAUCACCUAUACAAAUUAUAGUAAAUGCUGAAGGAUCAUUAGCUAAAGCAAUAACAACAACAACUGCAUUAGCAAAAGAAAGAAAAGAACAAAAACAAAAUGAACAAAAUGCAAUAUAUGAUAGUAUACCUAAAGAUAUUAGUAGACCAUGGGAAGAUCCUAAACCUAAUUUAGGUGAAAGAACAAUAGCAGAAGCUUUAAGAAAUAUAGGGAAAAAUUAUGAUAUACCUGAAUGGAAAAAAAAUUAUAAUAAUAAUAAUAUAUCUGUAGGUGUUAAAAAUACACUACCAAUAAAUGAACAAAGAUCUAAAUUACCAAUAUAUAAUUUAAAAAAUGAUUUAAUGAAAGCUAUAGAAAAAAAUAAUGUUCUUAUUGUUAUCGGUGAAACAGGUAGUGGCAAAACAACACAAAUACCACAAUAUCUACAUGAAGCUAGCUAUACUGAGAAAGGUAUAGUUGGAUGCACACAACCUAGAAGAGUAGCAGCUAUGUCUAUUGCUAAAAGGGUAAGUGAAGAAUUUGGAUGUAUAUUAGGUCAAGAAGUUGGUUAUUCUAUACGUUUUGAUGAUUGUACCUCUAAUGAUACAAUAAUAAAAUAUCUAACAGAUGGUAUGUUGCUGAGAGAAACAUUAAGUGACACAUUGUUAACAAAAUAUUCCUUCAUCAUACUUGAUGAAGCCCACGAAAGAACCAUUUCUACAGAUAUCCUUUUUUGUCUUUUAAAGGAUGUGGUUAGAAAACGAUCGGAUUUUAAAUUAAUUGUCACUUCUGCCACCUUAGAUGCAGAGAAAUUCUCAACGUAUUUUUUUAACUCACCAAUUUUUACUAUUCCUGGAAAAAUCUUUCCUGUUGAGAUUUUACAUUCCAAAGAACCAGAAAGCGAUUAUGUAGAGGCGAGUCUCAUUACUGUAUUGAAUAUCCAUCUGAAUGAACAUCCUGGAGACAUAUUAGUUUUUUUGACGGGUCAAGAUGAAAUAAAUACAGCAUGUGAAAUAUUACACGAGAGAAUGAAGAAAUUAGAAAGCAUGUCUCCACCUCCUUUAAUUAUAUUACCUAUAUAUUCUUCUCUUCCAUCAGAAAUGCAGAGUGUGAUAUUCGAACCUGCUCCUCCUGGGUGUCGAAAAUGUAUUUUAGCUACAAAUAUAGCUGAAGCUAGUUUGACAAUUGAUGGAAUAUUUUUUGUUAUAGAUCCAGGAUUUUGUAAAAUUAAGAAAUAUGAUUCAAAGAGGGAUAUGGAUUCUUUAAUUGUAGCUCCUAUAUCUAAAGCAAAUGCAAAACAGAGAGCAGGUCGUGCAGGAAGAACAGGACCUGGCAAAUGUUAUAGAUUAUAUACAGAAGAAGCUUAUAAAAAUGAAAUGUCAGAAAUGAGUGUACCAGAAAUACAACGUAUAAAUUUAGGUAGUAUAGUAUUAUUAUUAAAAGCUUUAGGAAUAAAUGAUUUUCUUCAUUUUGAUUUUAUGGAUUCACCAUCAGUUGAAACUUUAAUACAUUCACUUGAAAAUUUAUAUUAUUUAGGAGCACUAGAUGAUAAUGGAUAUUUAACUAAAUUAGGGAAAAAAAUGGCAAAUUUUCCUAUGGAACCAAAUUUAUCUAAAAUAUUAUUAACAUCAUUAAAUUUUAAUUGUACAGAUGAUGUUGUAACAAUUGUAAGUAUGUUAAGUGUACAGAAUAUUUUUUAUCGUCCACAAAAUAAAGCUUUAUUAGCUGAUAAAAAAAAAAAUAAAUUUAUUAUGCCACAAGGUGAUUUAAUUACAUAUUUAAAUAUAUAUAAUAAAUGGAAAGAAAAUAGUUUUUCCAAUUAUUGGUGUCAUGAAAAUUUUAUACAAUCUAGAGCAUUAAAAAGAGCACAAGAUGUACGUAAACAAAUGUUAUCUAUAUUUGAAAAAUAUAAUUAUCAAGUCAAAAAAAGUACUCAUAAAAAUGAUUCAACUAAAUAUGUAAAUAUAUGUAAAAGUAUUUGUUCUGGAUAUUUUAAUCAUGUAUGUAAAAGAGAUACACAACAAGGAUAUACAACACUCUUAACAAAUCAGCAAGUUUUUAUUCAUCCAUCAUCUACUCUUUUUAAUAAAAAUCCUUUAUUUGUUGUUUAUCACGAAUUAGUAUUAACAAAUAAGGAGUAUAUAAGAGACUGUACAAUUAUACAACCACAGUGGCUCAUACAGCUAGCACCUAACUUAUUCAUACCAGCAGAUGAAAAGAAAAUAUCCAAAAUUAAGUUGAGAGAAAAAAUUGAGCCUCUCCACAAUUAUUAUGAGGAGCCAAACGCAUGGAGAUUAUCACGAAGGAAGGGAUAA